CUUAUAUCAACACACUCUUUCCAUUGACAGUUCAAGCAUUGAGUCUUUGGACGAUGAUGGCUUUGAGUGAUUGUGAAAGUCACAACAACAGCGCUAGAGGAAGAGAUGAUAGUUUUAAGGGUUUCAUCUACUUUACAAGAAUUGGUCUUCCAAUGAGAGCUUUGAAGCUUGACACGUUUAUCAAUGGAUCAUAUGGACCACCGAACUGGGUAAAAAACUACCACUCUGUCUCAUGCAUAAAGUAUAGACAUGUCUCUUUGGCUAAAGAUUUUAACAACUAGAUAUCAACACAUCUACGUAUUUGAGUUGGCAUUUCCAUUGGUUCUCAAGAACAACAACUUGAUGAAGCAUACACAGUGAUCGUAUAAAUACCACGGUAUUUCCACUUUCUGCGAUUUGAUGGUACUUCUUGGUAUUGAUUUGUAUUUCGUUGUCUGUGAAACGCAAACUUGAUAUGGGUCGUGAGAUAGCGAAGUCUUAUACGACUUAAUUGGGAUUUCAACUACACAUCAGCAAUGACACAUUAGUGAAGACAUGUCUAUGUUUGUGAUUGAUGUGGAAGCUUUCUCAUCACUCUUCACUUAGCUACACCAACCUCCAAUCAGACUUGAUAAUGUUCACCAUGAUUCA